AUGGCGCUUUCCAGAGGGGGCUAUGGCGGCCUGGGAGGCCUUGGCUCGAGCGUUCGAGGUGGAGUAUCGUCUCGUGGUGGCCAGUCCGGCCGGAAGAAGUUGGACACUCGACAGGGCCUGGAUGAUGAACAGAAGGAGGAGAUUCGCGAGGCCUUCAGCCUCUUCGACACGGAACGCUCCGGGGCCAUCGACGCACGCGAGCUCAAGGCGGCUCUCAGAGCAUUGGGAUUUGAAGUGAAGAAAGAAGAUGUUAGAAAGAUGUUGGCUGACAUCGGCAAGGACCCAUCUCAGCCCAUCAACUUUGACGAGUUCUGUGAAAUGAUGAAGGGCAGGAUGCCAGACAAGAACUCCAGAGCAGAGAUUGACAAGGUCUUCGCGCUCUUCGACGAAGACGACAAGGGAAAGAUCUCCUUUCGCAACCUGAAGCGCAUCGCACAGGAGCUGGGCGAGAGCUUGACAGACGAAGAGUUGCAGGAAAUGAUCGAAGAGGCAGACCGCGACGGGGACGGCCUCAUCAACCCUGACGAGUUCUAUCGGGUCAUGAGAAAGUCAGAUGACCAAGCCUCCAGUCGAAGUUGGGGCGGCAUGUUUGCAUGGCUGGUGGGCUUCGAGGAAUGCGUUUGUCAACGCGAGCGAAACCGACUAUGGGAACAUGACCUGGAGGUGAACCACAGCUACCCUGCGGUUCCAGGUUUCAAGGAGCUGCCCGAGAGUGGUCGUGGUAAGUUGCCCCCGGGGCCUCGCUUGCGCGCGGUUCCAACGUACCAAGCGGCUGAAGCAGAAACGAUGCUUGGAGAUCCGUUGUUGGUCGGAACCCUGAUGCAAAUCAAGCUGGAGGAGUCAGUGCAGCAAAUGACUGUGGCACUUUACGCCAAUGGCUUUACCAUGCAAUCGAUCUCAGGUGGGAAGACCACGAACCGCGCAUGGUCGCCCUUCUCGUUGGUGGAGAAAUGUCAGGUGAAGACCUUACAGCAUUCGGCCUACUGGGCAGUGUUUAAGCUCACGGUCUUCCGUGCUGGAGGUCAUGAUUUGUGUUUGUACUUCGCUUGCACUGGCGGCAACGCCUAUAAGGAGCGAGACCAAUGGGUCGAAAAGAUUGGAUACCUCGUCUCCAAGGUGACACAAUCCUUGUAUCCCACAUCCGAUCUGCAGGUGCAGCCCCUGCCCGGCAACGAAGCCACCCGGACGCGGAUCUUGGCCGGUUUCCUUCUGCACGGUUCGGCCAUGGACACCUGCCAGCUGGUCUAUGCAGAGCUCCAUGCGUACUCGGGAGGGGAGUCCAAGAUGACCUUAUACCGCGAUGCCUGGUGCGACCGCGAGCUCUCGACCGUGGCGCUGUCAGAGUCCACCACCGUCUCCACUCGCUCGGGCGUGUACUGCAACGUCUUUGGCAUCGACCAUCAUCGUUUCUGCGCUCGCAACGCGGACGAGAAGGACUUGUGGCUCCGCGCCGUGAGCAACGUGAAGGUGAAGUUGAUGUUUGAAGCACCAGAUCCCACCAUCGAGGAGAUCUGGAUCUUUCGGCAGUCGGUGCAGGAAAGAGUGGCCUUGAUUGGCAAUGCCAAAGAUCCUGAAUCCAAAGCGUUGCUGUUGGAGGUCACCAACAAACCGCCCCGCAGCCCCACUGGAGAUGCCAUGGAUCCAGCGCCCAUCGAGGAUCCAACUCCGAUGAUGCAAGCGUCAGGCGGUUCCGGCGAUGUGGCCGCCGGCCCCGCUGGCCCUGCUGAGUCCAUACUGCCGGGGUCCACCGAGGUGAAGACACCUCUGGAGGCACCGGACCCGGCCGUGUCGUCAUAA